CGAAGAAAUAAAGCAGGCCACUAAGAAGCCAUGUUGAUGCUCGCACGAAACAGGGCCGGGACCCUCCAAGGCGCGCUGCUAGCAGCAGCCGCGCGCCGGCAGCUCUCGAGCAGGGCGUCCACGGUGCUCUCUGCCCUCGACAUUCCGACCACGGGGCAAGAGCUCGAUGGUGUGUACGACGGGGAGUGGAAGGGCUCCGGCGACGUGCUGGAGAGCGUGUGCCCGACGACGGGCGAAGUCCUCGCGAGGGUAAAGUCGGCUUCGCCCAAAGAGCUGCACGACGCGCUGGGCAAGACGCGUGAGGCGUACACACACUUCCGGAACGUCCCUGCGCCCCAGCGUGGCGAGAUCGUGCGCCAAAUUCGCGAGGCCCUGGCAGCCAAGCGCGAUGCGCUCGGCGCGCUCGUUUCGUUGGAGAUGGGCAAGAUCCGCACGGAGGGCAUCGGCGAGGUGCAGGAGUUCGUGGAUAUCUGCGACUAUGCUACCGGCCUGUCACGCAUGAUGAACGGGCGCGUCGUCGCCUCCGAACGGCCUGGGCACACCAUCCUCGAAGUCCCGAACCCACUUGGCGUCCUCGGCGUGCUCUCCGCCUUCAACUUUCCCGUCGCGGUCUACGGCUGGAACCUCUCGAUCUCGAUGGCCGCCGGCAACGCGACGAUAUGGAAGCCGUCGCCCACCACGUCGCUGUGCUCCAUCGCGGUGACGAAGAUUGUGGCCGGCGUGCUGGAGAGGAACGGCCUCCCUGGGGCAAUUGCGAGCCUCGUGACGGGCGGGAAGGACGUUGGAGAGGGCGUCGCGGGGAGUAGGGACGUUGACAUGGUGUCGUUCACGGGAAGUGAGGCCGUGGGCCGCAUCGUCGGACGUACAGUUCAAUCACGCUUCGGAAAGUCGCUGCUCGAGCUAGGCGGCAACAACGCCUCCAUCAUCAUGCCCGACGCGGACCUCUCUCUCGCCCUCCCCGCCGUCUACUUCGGCGCCGUCGGCACCGCCGGCCAGCGUUGCACCACCACGCGGCGACUCUACCUCCACCGCGACAUCGCGCCCGCCUUCCUCGCGCGCCUCCAGGCCCUCUACGCCUCGGUGCGUAUCGGCGACCCCCUCGCGCCCGGCACGCUCCUCGGGCCGCUGCACAACCGUGCCGCACUGAGCGUGUACGACACCGCGCUCAGCGAGCUGCGCGCGGCCGGCGCGGAGAUCCUCACGGGCGGCGCGCGGGUCGCGGACGCGCCCCUCGACCGCGGCUUCUUCGUGCGCCCGACGAUCGCCGUCCCGCGCAGCACGGACCACGCGGACGCGGUGUGGGCGACGGAGCGCUUCGCGCCCGUGCUCAAGGUCGCGGUGUUCGAUGCGCUCGAGGAGGCGAUCGCGUGGAACAACUCGGUGCCGCAGGGCCUGUCGAGCAGCCUGUGGACGCGCGACGUGCGGAAUGUGGGCAAGUGGAUCGGCCCUGCGGGGUCGGACGCGGGGAUCGUGAACGUCAACGUCGGCACGAGCGGGGCCGAGAUCGGCGCCGCGUUUGGAGGGAACAAGAGCACCGGAUGGGGACGCGAGUCGGGCGGGGACGCGUGGAAGCAAUAUGUCCGCUGGAGCGCCUGCACGAUCAACUACUCAGACGCAGCUCCCCUCGCGCAGGGCGUCGACUUCUCCGCGUGAUCAGCCUCGCCCGCGUUGAUUUCGACGAAAAACUCUCGCCCCAGCCCGCCCACACACGCCCACACACGUUCUAAUCUGGACUGACCUCGCAAUAGCACGGCGCUUGCAUACUCACAGAUUCCUCGCUCGCGCGUAACAGGCGGGACGGACGAUGGUCAGGGUCUACAAGAAUUAAUAAUAACAAUUUCUGAUGUGUGCGCAAGCAAAGUGUCUGAGAGAAUAGAUGAUACAAAAAUUCGU